AUGGAUUUCCUCAAAGAUCUCAACCAACCCAAAGUGUACGAGUUGAAGAAAGCGUUCUGUUUGUUCGAUCUUGACGGGGACGGUGUGAUCAGUGAGCAGGACCUGAAGAAUACGUUUCUGACGCUAGGUGUGGACAAGUCGGACUACGAUAUCGACAAGAUGUUCGAUGGUGUGGUGCAGCCGCUGAACUUGGACGUGUUUCUGCUAUUGAUUCUCCAGCGGGCCAACGGACUGGCCCCGCAAGACGUUAUGCUCGGUGCAUUUCGCAUGUGGGACAAGGCCAACGCGGGCUACAUCGACAAAGAGCGUUUUAUCCACGACAUCACGACGUACGGUGAUCGAUUCAGUUUGGACGAGGCGAACGAAGCAUUGGAGGAUGCCGUCGUCACUCGAGGACCGCAGCUGAACGCCGAUGGCCAGCUGCUCGAGAAGCUUGACUACGUGGACUUUGUGGAGAACAUUUCCGGCUUCCAGAAGUCGGAUCACAAGUGA